AUGUCAAACUUUCAAUCGCCCCGAACUAUUGUUGUUACCGGUGCCACCGGCAACCAAGGCAAAGGCGCUAUCCACGCUUUAUUAGGUGCUGACGAGGGUUGCAUCCGGUCGACUUUUGUUGGGGCUUAUGGUGUCUUCGCCGCCACAUCAGAGAUCUACCCUGGUAAGGUAUUGAUCGAAGAGGCGGAGAUGGCCCACGAGAUCCGGGCAGGGCGCAAUAUUGUCCUUGCUGCUAAAGAAGCCGGCGUCAAACAUUUUGUCUUCAGCAGCCUGCCUAAUAUGGACAAAGUGACAGAGGGGAAAUUUCCCGGGAUUCAUCAUAUGAACAAUAAGCAUGCCAUUGAAGAGUUUGCGAAAGAGCACUUGAGUGGUGUGACUUGCCUUAUUCCAGCGGAUGGUGUGGUUGAGUUCCGGACUGCUAUUCCUAGCGAGCAAGUGGCGCAGUGGACCGACCCAAGCUACGACAUGGGCACUUUUGCCGCGAAGGUUUUCGAACUCGGCCCCGAGAAGACCGCCGGCAAAACGCAUCUCGUCUUAAGCGAGCCCAUCACUCCCACGGACAUGGCCCGGAUAUUUACAGAAGUCACUGGCCAGCCUGCAGUACACAAGCCCAUCAGCCCAGAGAAAUUUGGCGAAAUGACAGCCCCGUUUAUUGGCCCUGCUUUCAGGUUAGAUGCACAGAAGAUGAUGGAAUGGGCGUCUGUGAUUCCAGCCGGCAAGGUCUGCUAUGGGGCUAUGGAGUAUAAGAAGAUGGAGGACUCUCCUAGGGAGUUGGGGCUAAAAGCUAGUACUUUCGAGGAGUGGCUAAGACGCAGCGGAUGGAAGGGGCCUAAAUAG